CGUGACCCGCUCCUGUUGCUCCCCAGCCCAUCGCUCGCGCCCAGGCUGCUGGCACAUAAGAUACAGUCGCCCCAGGAGAUGGAGGCUCUGCAUGCUCUGACCGUGCUGGAGACCUGUGUGAAUAAUUGUGGCGAAAGGUUUCACAAUGAAAUAGCGAAAUUCAGGUUUCUGAAUGAACUGAUAAAAGUGCUUUCCCCAAAGUACCAUGGAGCCUGGUCUUCAGAAAAAGUCAAAUCAAGAGUCACAGAAAUAAUAUUCAGUUGGACAGUUUGGUUUCCUCAGGAAGUUAAAAUCCGGGAUGCUUAUCAGAUGCUGAAGAAACAAGGGAUUGUAAAAGAAGAUCCCAAAUUGCCAGAAGACAAGAUUUUACCUCCCCCUUCUCCGAGACCUCAGAAUUCUAUUUUUGACACAGAUGAAGAGAAAUCCAAGGUAAACCUUAAGCUUUUCAUGUUCUGCUCCUCCCUGCUUGAUAAAACACAAAGCAUGAUCAAGGAGGAACAAGAAAAAUCAGCUAAAGUCUCCAGACGAGUGAACACAAUCAGUGAGGUCUCUGAGAACGUUAAACUCAUGGGUGAGCUACUGGACAGCUACAAGAGACAGGAAUUAUCUCCAUCUGACCGCGACACCCUACAGAAUCUGUUUGAACGCUGCGAGAGGCUCAGGCCGCUGCUCUUCCGCCUUGCCAGCGAGACAGUUGAUGACGAUGGGGCAUUAGCCGAGAUCCUGCAGGCCAACGACGAGCUCACGCGGGCCCUGGGGCAGUACAAGCAGACCGUGGCUGGCCCCGAGGACAGCGCUCCCACGCCAGGUAGCGAGUCGCGCCGCGGCCGCCGCUCUGCCUCGCGCCCGAACCGCCGGACGCCCCCGAGGCGGGUGAAGAGCUACACCCUGAUCGACUUCUCGGAGCUGGAGGCCCCGUCGCCGUCUCCCGCGGACGCGCGUGCCUCCCGGCACGGCAGCACAGCCUCCACCUGCCUGCUCGAUGAGGAGUUCACCUCACUAGAUUUCAACAACUCUCCUGUUGUACAAAAAUCACCACAUGAUUUUGGCUUAGCAGAGGCUGCUGUACACAAUGGGUACAGUGAGAGUGUCAGUGCCGUGCAAACGCCGGGGCCGAGGGAGAGCCUGGAAGACAACUGCUUCGAGAAGGAUGAAUUCCAGGCCCCGGCGGAGCAGCCGUCUCCACCUUGCAGGACACAGACGUUGUCCUCGGAUUUAUCACCAAAGAAAUUGCCCUUUCCAGAUCUUCCAAAUAGCCCAGGGGCAAAAACUUCAUUCUCCAGCCCAGGCUCCGAGCUGAAGCCUCCUGCCUCUUUGCAUCCAGCCUCCCAUGAUGCUUCCCUAGCAAACCUUUUUGUCCCUUUAAUUUCAAUUACACCAAGCAGCGUCCCUCCUCUGACUGUGUACGACCGGCACGGCCUCAAGGCCAUGCUGCACUUGUCCAGAGAGCCGGCGCGCGGCCGCCCGGACGUGCUGGUCAUGGUGCUCUCCAUGCUGAGCACGGCCGCGCAGCCCAUCACCAACAUCGAGUUCCAGGCUGCAGUCCCAAAGACCAUGAAAAUCAAGUUACAGCCAGCCUCCGGGUCGGAGCUUCCUGCCUUCAGCCCCCUGCAGCCCCCAGCAGUGCUGUCCCAGGUCCUGCUGCUGGCCAACCCGCACAAGGAUCCCAUCCGACUAAGAUACAAGUUAAUGUUCGUGCAGGGUGUGCAGCCCUUCAGUGAAGCGGGAGAGGUGACCGGCUUCCCCGAAGCAGAGCUCUGGGGCAGCAGCUGAACUUCUCCAGCCUUGGACAUUGCCGUGUUGCCUUAUCCAUGGACAGGGAGGGCAGGGGGAGGG